UCAAUCACGUGAUAUACAUUUUUUGUGUGUUCGGGUUGUGUGUUGUUCAUUGAUGAAUAGCGAAAGCAUACUGGUUGUCGGAAUAACGGGUUUUGCGCUCCCUUGCGGGACCAGGGGACAGUGAGGUUUUGUUCAUAGGAAAAAUAGCAUUUACACUUUAUAGUUUUGGAGUAAAAAGUGGAAAAUGUCAGGGCAACCGCAUCAGAGGGUUCGCCGAAAUGCGUCCCCCAUUCAGACUCACAGACCUAUCAAGGCAGUGAUUCCGUUCUCGUUGAAAAGCAGUCCAACGAGAAAAAGCCCCGUUUCGUCGCCUACUGCAGGUUUAAUACUAACAAGAAGAUCUCCAGAUAGCAGGUCUUCACCAGAAAGAAAAUCUCCGAAUUCACCGAGUUUUAAAGUAGAGAGACCAAAGCCAGUAAAAGCCAGUGCUUCGUUGCGGCGGACAGGUUCACUAGAGGCAAUAUGUAGUCCAGCUGCUUACCUCAAGGGACAGUGGCCAUCAGGAGAUCUACUGUCAACCAGCCACUUUAUGGUAGAUAAAUACACACAGACAGAGAUCCCUGAUGAGCUAGAAGUACAACACAGGGGACAGAAAAGUAACAAAAAGAAGAGAAAGAGUCACCGGCGGUCGGCAUCAUUUGGACACGGAGACCAACUGGCUUUGAUUCGCCAGCGGUUACAGCGAUCCAAGGAGGGUAGUAAGCAACAGAAUGAGUUAUAUAAGCAGCCUGUCCCGGGCAAUCACCUGGCUUUGUCGUCAACGGCCCCAGCUGUGUUACAGAGCUUUACCCGCACCUCAAAGCCACUCGGGAUCCCUGCUCACGUCAUCCCCAAAACAAACAUCUCGCGGAUGCAGCGAAACAGUGUCGAGGGCCUCAGCAUGGAGAUUGAAAAACUAGUGCUGAGACCGGCAUACAUAGAGGUGACGACUGAUGAAGAUCAGGUACAUGAUAUUCCUGACGGGCAUCGUGCACCAGUAAAUGACAUUCUGAUGUUACGCGGUAGUGGAACCCGUAGCGUCGACACACAGACCCCGUCGGGCUGUAUUGAUGAUACAGGUAGCAAUGGCAGUCGUUCCCAGUCCAUCAGUCCUGCCAUGCCGAUCAUUCCCGGACACUUGGAUACCUCCCGUCCUUCCAGCAUCACAGAGUCCUCCCCGCGUGAGGGGGACCGGCUGGAAAAAGUCGAGGGUGAAGGUUGUGAAUCUCCAGACAAUUUGUUUAAAGUUGUGUCCAGUCCACGCCCAAACAAGUCCUACGCCUUUGUCAGGGAGCCUCCAGAUGGUUGCGAGAAGGUUAAGGUUAUAGAUGAAAAUGGGCGACCCCCGAAGCCAUCUAUAAAGGCGCCACUUCUCUAUUGUCCUAUCAAGCCUUCACAACUAGUGCUGAAACCCAGGGAGGAUUCCGCAUUCUGUCCACUUAGCAAAUGUUACAUUUCUCCGGAAAUCAUAGUGAAAUCUCAGGCCACUGGAACCACGUAGAUGACCACUAAUGGGCAGUGGUCAAAUGACCACCAUCCCACCUCAAUGUUUAAUACUUGUAGAACAUACACAGAAUGACUAGUACUGGUAUUGGUAGGAGUUAUCCCCCUUGACUAAAGGUGCUUUCCAUUGUUCAAGUGAAAUAGUUGGUAGUCAGACAUUUAGUUUUGUUUUCCUAUCAUGAGUCUUGUUUUGACUUCAGUUUUAUGGUUUUAACAUUUUAGAUAAAUAAAAUAAUUCAAUUGCAUCUAAGACAUGCAUGGCUGUAAUACAAGACAAACAUUUCCAUGUAAUAAUGGAAAGCACCUUGGAGCUUGCCACCUAUAUGUCUGUGUAAAAAUUGUCUCCCUUUACAGCUUGAAAUGGGUGUAUACACACAGGGUAUGAACUAAAAAUAUACCAAUUUGUAGGAUUAUAAAAUUCAGUUAUCUGAGAUAAUCAAUUUCAGAUAAUAAGACUUAAUAAUUCAAAUUAUUUUCUUGUUUUUGAAAAAUAAUAGUCACAAAUAUAGCUUCAGAAAAACAUUUGAAGGUAGGCAUUUUUAGAAUUUAUUUUCAGUAAUUUUUUUGACAACCUGUUUUAGACAAAUAUUACUCGUAACAAGUUUUUGUAUAAUACUUUGAUUGUAUAUAUUGAGUAAUGUCUGGGUUAAUAUCUGACAUGUUAAUAGUUAAAGCGUGUUGAUAUCAUUCCUAAUUCUGAUAAUUAGAACAGUGUUAAUUGGCAAUUAAAUGGCAAUUAUGCAUGGUUUGCUUAUCAGAAGCCAUACGAGUUGAUGAUUGAUUUGAACAAUGUCGUUUUCAGGUUUUUGUUAUAUAAAUAUGUGUAUGAACUUGUUUUGUUGUUCGAAAAUGAUUAUUGAUAGAUUUUAAUGAGUUCUAUUUGUUGUAAUAGAGAUAGGGCAUUACUAACAGAUAUAGGAUGUUUAAACCUGUUACGUUAGAUUUAUCGGUGUUGUUACAAGUCUUGGUGCAGUGUUAUGUUUGGUGAAAUUAUAAAACCACCCACGUAGUCUGUUAAUGCUUUUAGAUUAUCUAUGAAAUAUUUUUUGCGAAUCCUGUGCACGAUAAAAGAACAUUAUUUUUACUAUACAACAGACUGAACAUGGCAAGCUAGUCAAACGGGAACUUGUUUUACAAUGUGACAUGUCCAAUCUCGGGAGUUGUCCGGUGAUUACAGGGGCAUUGUUCUAAGUGAGGGUGUCUGAACCCAAAUACAUGUGAAUCUCAGAUAAACAGGUGUGUGUCCUCAAUCAGAGGACUUAAAAAAAUCCUAUCAUAUCAUAAACAUUGUCAUCCAACGAGUUUAUAUGCUUACUGACAUCUGUGAACGGUGAGUUAUGCCCUUUGAUGACUCGGUGAGUUUCCCCAUUAGAAGUCGGUGAGCUCUGUCCCUUGGGUUAUCUGAGCUGCCCCCUGAUGAUGCAGUGAGCCGUCUCAUCCGCAGUCAGUAAACUGUGUCAUUUGCAUGUGAAAUUAGUGAGCUGUUUCCUUGUGGAAUCAGUGAGCUAUUUCCUUUGCAGGAUCACUCAAUGUAGUGUGCCCCUUGGUGACUCGGCAAGCUUUAUGCACUCGUGGUGCUGUCUUGUUGGCCUGGCAUUCUGUCUGCAUUGGUGACUCGGCGAGUGUAUACAUUUGUAACCUUGUGAGCUGUAUACCUUGGUGACUCAGUGAGCUGUAUCUCGUGGUGACUCGGCCAGUAUAUACUGUGGUGACUGCGAGCUGAU